AUGAACAGUCAACUAAUUCAAAGAGGAGCUCUAGCUCUGCUGUUCUUCCUCGUUUCACUAGUGGCACCAGCAGAGUAUGAAGCUUACACUUCUAUUGCUACAGCCCCCCGAUGGUGUUCUUCAUUAAAUAUCCAGGAUGGAGAAGUCACAUGCUACUCACCAAGGGGAAGAAAUUAUUACAGCAGCCUGGGCACUCGUUGUGAGCUCUCCUGUGACCAAGGUUAUCGGUUAAUUGGAAGGAAAUUUGUGCAAUGCCUGCCAAGCCGCCGUUGGUCUGGAACUGCCUACUGUCGGCAGGUGCGAUGCCAUGCACUGCAGUUAAUUACUAGUGGCACCUACAGCUGCACAAAUGGUGUGCUUCUCAACUCCCAGUGUGACUAUACCUGCUUGAGGGGCUAUCACCUCGAAGGUGACCACAGUAGAAUCUGCAUGGAAGAUGGAAAGUGGAGUGGAGGUGAACCUGUAUGUGUAGACAUAGAUCCUCCCAAAAUCCAAUGUCCCCACUCACGUGAGAAGAUGGCAGAGCCAGAGAAACUGACUGCUCAAGUAUACUGGAACCCACCAUUGGUGAAGGAUUCUGCUGAUGGCACUAUCACCAGAGUAAGACUUCAGGGCCCUGAGCCUGGCUCUCACUUUCCUGAAGGAAAACACAUCAUUCGGUAUACUGCCUACGAUCAAGCCUACAACAAAGCCAGCUGCAAGUUCACUGUGAAAGUACAAGUGAGACGUUGUCCAAGCCUGAAACCACCAGAGCAUGGUUACCUCAGCUGCACCUCAGCAGGGGACAACUAUGGUGCCAUUUGUGAAUACCAUUGUGAUGGAAGUUAUGAACGCCGAGGGACCCCCUCCCGAGUCUGCCAGUCCAGCCGCCAGUGGUCAGGAACACCACCCAUCUGUGCUCCUAUGAAGAUUAAUGUCAAUGUCAACUCAGCUGCUGGCCUUCUGGAUCAAUUCUACGAGAAACAGAGACUUCUUAUCAUCUCAGCUCCUGAUUCUUCCAAUAAAUAUUACAAAAUGCAGAUUUCUAUGCUACAGCAAGCCAUCUGUGGAUUGGACCUGCGGCAUGUGACUAUCAUUGAGCUGGUGGGGCAGCCACUUCAGGAGGUUGGACGAAUCCAGGAACACCAGCUAUCAGUCAACAUCAUCAAAGAGCUCAGGCAAAUUCAUCACCUCACUCGCUCAUAUUUCAACAUGGUACUGGUUGACAAGCAAGGAACUGACCGGGAACGUUACAUGGAGCCUAUUACCCCUGAGGAAAUCUUCACAUUUAUUGACGACUACCUGCUGAGUGACCAAGAGUUGAAGCGGCGCCUAGAGCAAAGUGAUUUUUGUGAGUGA